CCGUACCGUUGUCCGGCCUGUCCAACGUUUCUCCAGGAGAGAUGAGGUUUUCUUUCGACCUUCCGGAACCCGACGGUCAUCAAUCUCCGACGCCUUCUCCGUCGAAUCCGUCUAAUUACCUUUCUGUCAACGUUAAGGAACGAGACAGCCGUCAAACUCCGUCACCUUCACCGCCGAAUUCAACUCCUAAAGCUGAGCUCCAAUGGUUCCUGCUGCAAAACCACCCUCUCUUCUCGUCCUCAACAGCCGCCACAGCCUCUUGCUCCUCCGAGAGAGUACCUCCGAACCUCAUGGCGUGGGAUGGAGCAUCUCGGCUUUACUUUUGGGAUUUAGACAAGAAAUGCCUCCACAGGAUUUCCAUUCGACUAGGUGAGCCUGACCCGUCCUCCAUUAUCGCGGCGUACCCUUCUAAGGUUUUGCAAGCGGAAACACCAUUGAAAUUUGAGGUCAAUAAGAUUGCAAUCAACGGAAAUGGUUCAACUUUGCUCCUAGUUGGAAUGGAAGGUCUGUGUAUUAUGUAUCUCUAUGGACAUUCUUCCUCUGCAGAAAAUACCAUAAUCUCUAAGACAGUGUUGGUUGGUACAGAAAUUUACUUCAACAGAAAUAACUUCAUGAACAUUCUCCAGAUCUGUUGGCAUCCUUACAGUCAUUCACACUUGGCAAUCCUUUCCUCUGAUUCCGUUUUCCGAAUCUUUGACUUGUCUACAGACCUAGAGCAACCUGAGCAGGAGUUUUAUUUACAACCUGUAGAACCUAGCAGUUCCUGCAAUGCGUCAUCAAUUUGUCCAGUUGAUUUCGCAUUUGGGGGAAGUCAUUUGUGGGAGAGAUUCAGUGUUUUUAUCUUGUUUAGUGAUGGAUCUGUUUACAUAAUUUGCCCGGUUGUACCAUUUGGAAGUGUCCAUAUAUGGGAAUCAAUUCUGGAAAUUUAUAAUGAUGCACACACGUAUGGGCUAAAAUCGGCCAAUUCAGAAUCUGUUAUAAAUUCCAACAUGGCAAUCUCCUGGCUGGAGGCAACAUUUCCCGAAUUAAUUCGUCAAGCUGGAGAUGGUGCGAAAUCAUAUGCAGUCAAAGCUCAGCCUUUUGUUAUCCUGGAUGCAUCUGUUUCAUUGCAGGGGCCUCUGCACAAAAUAUCUCAUGGCACUCCUGAAGACUCCAGAGCCGGGACAGAGUUAUGUGAGGGGCGUGCCCUAAGUCUACUCUGCAAUAUAAUUGGCAAAGAUUCAGUUCUUGUGACUGCCUACAGCGGUGGACAGCUGCAGCUGGAUGCUCUGGCCGAUGAAAUCCAUCCCAUCUGGAAAACGGGCAGCGAGCCCUGUCUCUGUGUUGACCCGUCUAAUCGGAUAAAACGAGCCGCCAUGAUUUGCGAAUCCACGCCUCACAAUCACUCAAUCCCCGAAACAGACCACAAAACCCCCAACAACACCGUCUGGUUGGGGCACCCACCUCCUCUUCUGAGGCUGGCCAUCGUCGAUUUAGCUUUGCCCGGCAAAACUAAAUGUCCAAUUUCUAUGAUUUCGGACCCCCUCGUCUCGGAACGGGUCUUUUGCAUUCACGCGGGAGGCAUAGACUCUGUCGUGCUGCAUUUUCUCCCAUUCACUCACCAGAACAGCGAGAAGGAGAAGCAAAUGCGGGCCCCGUCCGUUUUCACUGUUCUGAGCACGUGUCUGCCUUGCGAUUCGUCCUCGCCCAUGCCUUCGCCUCUUUGCGGUUUUGUUACCCUGGCGGAUUCGUAUGGGAGCUCGUGGAUUUUGGGGCUCACGUGCUCGCGCGAGUGUGUGGUGCUUGAGAUGGAGACUUGGAAUGUGCUGCUAACGGAUGUGAUGGAUAGGAUUGUGGAGACGGGUGUUGAGAGUGACGUGAGAGAGGGGGAGACUGAUGAUAUGCCGACUAUAAUUAGCAAGGAGCUGCUCGGUGGGCCCCGGCCAGUUCUGCUGCCCCCGGCGGCCCCGAACUUGCGGUCGUUGAAGGGAGAUUCGAUCGAGGGGCGGUCGAUGCUGCAUCAAUAUUUCAAGUUGUUUCACGAGAAUUACGUGGAGUAUGCCCACAAGGUGUACUUUGAACUCCAGCAUCAUGGACCUCAUUUGAAAAGAAUAAUUGAUAACCAGAAUUCUCGGUUACGGGAAAUGCAACAGAAGCUUUUGGAAGUUGAAAGAAAACAGGAAAAGAUAGACAAUUGCAUGGAUCGAGCAAUAAAUUCUCACAAUUCCAUAGAAGAGCGCUUACUGAAGUUGCGGAGGCUGCCUGGAGCCCACAAAAGACCACUUUCAAAAGCAGAGAGAGAUUUCAUGUCAGAACUUGGUAAUGUUUUCUGGAUUUUAUUCUACAAGCUGCUAUUCAAAUAUCUUAAAUCUAAAAUCCCGCACUUUGAGCUGAAAGGUACAACAGUAGUACAUGUAAGAGAGCCCAUGGCUAUGCAAGGUUUGUACAUUUUGGCUGAAAGGUACAACAGUAGUAAUAUUGUUACUGCUGUGAGUAUCUAUAGGCUGAAAGGUACAACAGUAGUACAUGUAAGAGAGCCCAUGGCUAUGCAAGAUAAGUUUACCGGUUUGGAGUUGGAUGCACUGCGCUCUACCAUAGAGGCCUUGAAGGUGAGGUUGCAAAGACACAUGCAUUACAUGCAGUCCAAUUCCCCAAGCAGACAGACACAAAAACCGGGACGAAGGCCCAAUAAGGUUCAAGACAAUGUGUCCCAACUUAAAUCUGCACUCGCCAAACUCUCACUAAUUAACACAGAGAACAGCAGAAAGGUCAAACUCGUUGAAUCUGCUCUGAGAAGUAAGGAAAUCAGUGACUGACAAUAUCGUGAGGGAGUCCAAAGACAUGUUUGAUUUUUGCAGAUCGAUUUUUUUUGUGUGCGCUCGAAGUGUUCUUGGGGCAGCCAAGGUAUUUGGAAUCUCUGCUGCUAAAAAGAUUGGAAGUUUGUUGUAAACUGUAUCCAGUGUUAUCCUGAUUUGGUUGCUAAACUUGAUAUUUAUCUUCGAUUAAUGAUUCGAUUGGAUGGAUCCUAUCCUUUGAGAUUUUUUUUUUUUUUUUUUU